AUGCCCAGAUGCCGAGGAGUCGAUAUUGAACUGCGUUCCCAAUUUGACAUCGGUCAAUACGCCGAGUACUACCCGCGCGAGCAGUCCUACUACGAUGAGGCCGGCAUCGAGGGAAUUGCUCCUCCAUUUUACGACCCGAAAACCGCAACUGUCAGCGUAUACGUCGAAGCAUACCAGGGAAGCCAGUUCUGGAUUUGCUAUAGCGUCUUGAAUCCCAUUCCAAACAACCAGUUCUUCCUCUUCAAGCUGUACAUCAAUACCAUUCCGGUAGUCAGCUGGUCAUGCGGGCAAAAGGAAGCGUGGAAAGGGAAGACCAUAUUCGCCUUGUUUCAGAGAGAGGAAAAAGAAGAGGGGGAGGAGAGCAGGAAGAUCGUGGAGAAACGGGCAUUGCAUUUCACCACACCAGGUCAAGACGAUGGAAGGUGGAAGGAUUUGGCCAACGUACUCGACCCUAACACAUGCAUGGAAAUCCGCGUCUUCCGUGCACAUGGUAGAACGAGGAUUCCUCGAGAGUUCCAAGACUAUGCGACGACAUCGUACGGACGCAACCAGAGUGGAAUCAGCCUUGCCAAUGCAGGCCGAGCUGGCGCGGGCCUCCCCAAACGGUUCUACAAGUUCGCACUCGUCGACCCUGUGGAUACGCCGUUCGUUGCUUUCCGCUACUACUACCGAACAUUGGAACAGCUGAAGCACCUUGGGAUCUUCGAUCAUGAGGUCGAUGACCCAACCCCGAGUGAGGGUUCCUCGUCCGGGCAAGACAGGAGAGCCAAAGCGCCUGAGCAGAGUCACGGCCUUGAGGACGUGUUCCUGUCGCCUCCGUACAACCAGAACAAGCAACCUGCUCGGAUUCGGCAGGAUACCGGUUCAACAAGAGCUUUUGAAUUGAGGCGAGCCUCCGAAGACGAUCCGCAUGACGACUUCGUAAGCAGAGGUCAUGUUUGCAGCGGUUCCGCGCAGCCUUAUCGACUCUCCCUUCCCGCAUCGCUGAAUUUUGCUACGCUAAAGCAGGCACGCCCACUACCGCCGGUUCCAAAUAAGAAAGAGCCGAGGCCAUACUAUGCAGUGGACAGACGGCUCACCCGGACACCAAGCCCUGUGCAGAAGACAAGAGAUGGUAUCUCAACGCCUCCGCCGGGUCAAAAGAGGGAGUGUACUGCUGCAGCCUUCAUGGGUGUCGUUGCUAGCGCAUGGAAGCGUCGUGGAAUGCCCACUUCGGAGUCUGUCAGUCAGAUGGAGCGUCAGUCGUAA